AUGGAGCGAAUGGACUUCUUUGUUAGACGCGAUGAGAUAAUCAAGGAAAGGCGCCGUCUACUACGAGAAAAGAAUGGAUACGUCCCCGGGGCCCAUAGGGAGGAAGACAGCAUCCGAAAUCAAGACAAGAAGCUCGACAAGACCAAGCAAAUACACCAAGAGACGCUGGACCUCUGGCUCUUGAAAAUUCAACUGCGCAAUAGCCUCGCUUCGCCCGUCAAUCGGGAGUCGCGAAGUGACAGUCACUUCCCAUACAACUUCCGGCCGCGCAGAAGGGCAGGGUCGCGCACUUUACCCGCCGGCGAGGCUAGCGGCUCGCUAGGAGAAGCCAUUAAUAAGUAUUAUAUCCAGUCCAAAAACAUCUUAUACUAUUUUCAUCUUCACCAUAAGAGCUAA